AUGGCUUCAACAUCCGCAGAUACCCCCGCUGAUAAUGCGGCCACUCAGACGCCGACUGCGAUUGUCGUCGUCGGCAUGGCUGGCUCCGGCAAGACGACCUUUAUGCGACGCAUCAAUUCAUACCUGCACGGCAAGCAGGAUCCCCCCUACGUGAUCAACUUGGAUCCCGCUGUUCUCAACGUCCCUUUCGAAAGCAACAUCGACAUCCGCGAUUCGGUCAACUAUGAGGAGGUCAUGAAGCAGUACAACCUGGGACCAAAUGGCGGUAUCUUGACGUCGCUGAACCUCUUCGCAACCAAGGUUGACCAGAUCGUCAACCUGCUCGACAAGCGUGCGGCGCCAGACCCAGCGAACCCCGACAAGAAGCCUAUCAAGAACAUCCUCGUUGAUACUCCCGGACAGAUUGAGGUGUUCGUUUGGUCCGCCAGUGGAACCAUCUUGCUCGAAUCUCUUGCGUCUUCCUUCCCGACCGUCAUCGCCUACGUUAUCGAUACCCCUCGAACCACCUCCACGAGCACAUUCAUGUCCAAUAUGCUGUACGCCUGCAGUAUCCUCUACAAGACCAAGCUCCCCAUGAUCUUAGUCUUCAACAAGACCGACGUGCAGGACGCGACGUUUGCCAAGGAGUGGAUGACGGAUUUCGAGGCUUUCCAGCAAGCUCUUCAGCAGGACGAGAUGAGCGACGUAAUUGGUGGCUACGAGACAUCCGAGGGCGGCAGCGGUGGCUCUGGUUACAUGGGCAGUCUCCUCAACUCCAUGAGUCUCAUGCUCGAGGAGUUUUACUCCCACCUCAGCUUUGUUCCCGUCAGCUCGCGUCUCGGGACCGGCAUGGACGAGUUCUUCGCUGCCGUGGAAGAGAAGGCCGAGGAAUUCAAGCAGGACUACCUUCCCGAGCUUAAACGCAGGCGAGAGGAGCGGGAAGAGAAGAAGCGUCUUGCCCGCGAUCACGAGGUGGAGAAGAUGAUGAAGGGAAUGUCGGUGGACGCGGGCAAGAAGCCAAUGGUCGUCAAGCCCGUCGAUGACGACGACGAUGGAGUUGAUGUCGCCAGCGACGUGGAUGACGACGACAUGCCAGAUGACGAGGACGAUCGCGAGGGACUCCAGGCUCGUUACGAGGCCGCGAUGGAGGCGGAAGGCGACUCCAUCAUGGCCGAUGGUAGUUUCGCAAAGUAUUUACACACGCGGCCGACAUGA